UUCGGCGCCGCCAGCGUGAGAGCAGCGCGUGUCAGAGCAGCCCGUUCGCGGCACUGCGGAUGGACGCGAGCCGAGUCAGCUCUCCGGCACCAUCCUCGCUCACUCUGCCACGUCCCCCCCCCCCCUCCUCACACAGCAUGGACGCAUCUCUCGCAUGCUGCAGUCCCUACAUCUGAUCCCCAUCCGCCGACCCGACGCACGCAAACGCCCCGUCUCCCUCGCGGCUCCCGCGGACACGGCCAGGGCUCGUUUGCCCGCUGUGGAGGAGAGGAUGAGGCGGCCAUCUGUCAGGGCUGUGGAGCGCAGCGCCAUGAAACCCUGGCUGCUCUUCGCACUGCUCGGACUCUGUGCAGCGCUUGGUCCCAGCAAACAGGAGGAUGAGGACUAUGAAGAUGUGCCCAUUAAUAAGACCUGGGUCUUAUCACCGAAGGUCUAUGAGAGUGAUGUGACCUUGAUCCUAAAUAAACUGUUGCAGGGCUACGACAACAAAUUGCGGCCUGACAUCGGAGUGAGGCCGACAGUGAUUGAAACAGCCGUUUAUGUCAACAGCAUCGGACCAGUAGACCCCAUAAACAUGGAAUACACCAUUGACAUCUUCUUUGCCCAGACGUGGUAUGACAGUCGGCUGAAGUUCAACAGCUCGAUGAAGCAGCUCAUGCUGAACAGUAACAUGGUAGGCAAAAUCUGGAUUCCUGACACAUUCUUCAGGAAUUCACGCAAAUCAGAUGCCCACUGGAUCACCACUCCUAACCGCCUGCUGAGGCUGUGGAGCAAUGGGAGAGUCAUGUACACACUAAGGUUGACUAUUAAUGCGGAGUGUUACCUUAAGCUGCAUAACUUUCCAAUGGAUGAGCACUCAUGCCCCCUGGAGUUUUCAAGCUAUGGUUAUCCCAAGAACGAGAUCAUGUACCGGUGGCAGAGACGGGCAGUAGAGGUGGCAGACCAGCGGUACUGGAGACUCUACCAGUUUGCUUUUGUAGGGUUGAGAAACAGUACCGAUGUGGCACACACCCAGUCAGGGGAAUAUGUAAUCAUGACCAUCUUUUUUGACCUGAGUCGAAGAAUGGGCUACUUUACCAUCCAGACCUACAUCCCCUGCAGUAUGAUCGUGGUCUUGUCCUGGGUCUCCUUCUGGAUCAAUAAAGAUGCCGUCCCAGCCCGCACAUCUCUAGGUAUCACCACAGUGCUCACUAUGACGACUCUAAGCACCAUCUCCAGAAAGUCCCUGCCCAAGGUUUCUUAUGUCACUGCCAUGGACCUGUUUGUCUCUGUCUGCUUCAUCUUCACCUUUGCUGCCCUCAUGGAGUACGGCACCCUGCACUACUUCACCAGCAACAGACAGACCAAGAAGGAAAAAGCCAACAAUAACACACAGCAGAGAGCAUCAAGUAUGGUGAAUAUCCGACCUGGAACGUCCCUGCUGCAGAUGAACAACAUCGUGCCAUAUCACGAGGAGGAUGACUAUGCUUAUGAGUGUUUGGAUGGAAAAGACUGUACCAGCUUCUUCUGCUGCUUCGAUGACUGCCGCUCGGGCGCCUGGCGGGAAAACAGGAUGCACGUACGAGUUUCCAAGAUUGAUUCUUAUUCACGAAUAUUCUUCCCUACCGCAUUUGGCCUUUUCAAUCUGGUUUAUUGGAUAGGUUAUCUGUAUCUAUAAAACCAGUAUUCUUUAAAAAAGGACAACUGAAGUUUAACAUCUGCAAACAUUUCUCAGAAGCAGACCUGCUCUUGUAGCAAAAACAAUAUCUAGUGAACAUUUAAGGCAAAAAAGUUAACUAAAUUUAAGUCCAAAUACAAAUGAGGAAUGACCGUGUCUUGUUUUUCACCUGCUAUCAGGUGUUGUAGAGCAAUAUAGGUCAACCUCUACUCUCUUCAUAUGCCAUGAAAAACAUAAUGGAUUCUCAUUGUACUCAGUGGGUAAUCCUUAAUGAUUAUUUUGCCCUCUGACAUUACAUCCAUUAAAUUUUAUGUGGAUAUUCAUGUUUGCCAGGGGUGAAUCUGUUGUCACACUGCAAAAAUAGUGUCACUAAUGCUACAGCAAGGUGAUAUUAUUAAUCUUCAAAUGCACUUCUUGAGAUCUUUUAUUCACAUCAGGAAAGAAAAUCUAAUUUGCAUGUACAAAUCAGAUCUAAUUUCCAUCUAAACUUGUUACAUCAAUCCCUCCAUCUAUUUAUUCCCUGCAACCUUCCCACGGUGGCAGCCAGUUUAGUAAGUGUUGUUGCAGAAACUCCUUAUCUAGGCCAGUGGAUCUUCAGAUCUUCAGCAACACUUUAGUUGUAGAAAUAAUAAAAAAGAUUAAGAAAGUUUAAGAGUAAACGUGAAUAGUAAAAAAGACACAUAGAUGCAGAGUCAAGAGUAGUUCUUAGAUUUACUUAAUUACAUUAAUUCAAUGAAAGUAUAGUAAACUGAGGUUGGUUCAUGAACACAGACACAGAAAGCACCUGCUUUUAUCCUAAAAGCUCUCCCUCCCAAUGUGGGACUUAUUCCCCUCGGUAGUUCCAAGUUUCAUACAAUGGUAUUACCUUCUCCUAACACAAUGGUGAACAAUAUAAUUCCUACCUCAAUAAUAAAAUAAUGACCCUCUCAAGGUCUACAUUUACUUCUUCCAACAAUACGACUAUGGCCCAUUAUUUUGGCUGCUUCUAUCCACAAUCUAAUUCUUUAGUCAUUAGUCAGAAGUCAUAAGUAAGUGUUGGAACACCCAUCAACAAAUAAACUGAGGGCCAAUCACAUUCUUCAGCAUAACAUUCCAGCUCAGUCAAAAACAAGACCCUGAGAUCCUCUCUAAAAACCCAAAGGGGGCAAUGCAUAUAUUUGCAGCAGUUUAUUGUCUGUACAAGUCACAACACACUAUGCUGCACACUGUGCUGUACUGGUGUUUGUAGAUAGAUAAAUACCUUAUUCAUCUCAAGCUGGGAAAUUCUGGUGUAGCAGCAGCACGUUUCACCCAGCACACAUUAAAAAAUAUAUACAAUAUUUACACAAUAAAUUUAAAAUAUACGA